ACUUGGCGGCAGCAGCAGUGUUGCUGCGUGCGAGAGAGGGAGAGAGGAAGAGAGAGAGCGACGGAGUGCGCCGCACCGCCAGCCAGCCAGCAGGAGGAAUGCUCCGGGUGUGACAGCAGCCAGACAGAGUCUCUGAGAGCCCGCAGAAUGAGUUGCUCGGCGCCGGGGGCCGGGUCCGAGCGCACGCACACGCAGAGGCACAGGCACACACGCAGGCGCACUCCCAGCGAUGUAAGAGGUUGCUACUAAAGUUGUGCCUUUCCUGACGUCCGCUGCUGCUUGGAGCUGCGCCUACGGCAGCCUUUUCGCUUACUGCCCCGCUUGCUGCGACCCCCACCUCCAGGACGGCCCGCCACCCCCACGCGAGCCCACCUGGCCCCCUGCCCGCCUGCCAACCCCGCUGCUGCCGCUACAGCCACCACCCGCCCAGCCUGUCCGCCAGCCUGGGGCACCGCACACGGACAUAGAGGAGUAUAUCCACCCACUAAAAGGGCAGAACCGUACGCUCCCCUCCCCCAGCCCCUGAGCUCGUCUGUCAAUAAUGAGCGGCACCGUCAGGCCACUGGAGCAGUCCAGCUGAGGAGAGGCUGCCCAGACCCCGUCCGCGUGUAACCCAGCAGACAAAGCUGGAGGAUGGGACACUGCCCGUAGGCGAGUCCCAGGCUUAGCAAUCCCACUCUCUCUUUCUGCCUGAGGAGGCCUCGUUCCCUCCGGAGCCGCUUUCCCAAACCCGGACAAGCAUUUUUGUUUUCUUUUUUUUUUUUUAAUUCGAGUGCCAUUUUUCAAAGUUUUGGUCCUGAAACUGUGAGCGGAGGCAGGCAAGCGUGUAGCUGAGGCCCGUGGAUUUCAGCUCCCCAUUACCAUGGCGGUAAACGUGCCCCCCAUGCGGGACACCAAGUGGCUGACGCUGGAAGUGUGCCGAGAGUUCCAGAGGGGCACGUGCUCCCGGCCUGACAGCGAAUGUAAAUUUGCGCACCCUGCCAAGAGCUGUCAGGUGGAGAAUGGGAGGGUGAUCGCCUGCUUCGACUCCCUGAAAGGCCGCUGCUCCAGGGAGAACUGCAAAUACCUGCACCCCCCACCUCACCUGAAGACCCAGCUGGAGAUCAAUGGGAGGAACAACCUGAUCCAGCAGAAGAACAUGGCCAUGCUGGCCCAGCAAAUGCAGCUGGCCAAUGCCAUGAUCCCUGGAACACAGCUGCAGCCUGUACCCAUGUUCUCGGUGACACCGAGUCUGGCCACGAAUGCCACGGCAGCAGCGGCGUUCAGCCCGUACCUGGGCCCUGUAUCGCCUGGCCUCAUGCCAGAGAUUCUGCCCAGCGCCCCUGUGCUGGUCACCAGCAGCCCCAGCGUGCCUGUGCCGGCUGCUGCCGCCGCCGCCCAGAAACUGAUGAGGACUGACCGCCUGGAGGUGUGUCGGGAGUACCAGAGAGGUAACUGCACUCGGGGGGAGAACGACUGCCGCUUCGCCCACCCGGCAGACAGCACCAUGAUCGAUACCAAUGACAACACAGUCACCGUCUGCAUGGACUACAUCAAGGGCCGCUGCUCCAGGGAGAAGUGCAAGUACUUCCACCCGCCGGCCCACCUGCAGGCCAAGAUCAAGGCCGCGCAGCACCAGGUCAACCAGGCUGCCGCUGCAGCUGCAAUGACUCAGUCGGCUGUCAAAUCACUGAAGCGACCCCUCGAGGCAACCUUUGACCUGGGAAUCCCACCCGGCGUCCUGCCUCCUUUACCAAAGAGACCAGCGCUGGAGAAAGCCAACGGUGCCCCCACCAUGUUCACCAGCGGCAUGUUCCAGUAUCAGCAAGCCCUGGCCAACAUGCAGUUCCAGCAGCAGGCUGCCUUUAUCCCUUCAGGCUCAAUAUUGUGCAUGACACCUGCAACAAGUGUUGUUCCCAUGAUGCACGGUGCUACGCCAGCCACUGUGUCUGCAGCAACCACAUCUGCCACAAGUGUUCCCUUCGCAACCGCCACAGCCAAUCAGAUUCCAAUAAUAUCUGCGGAUCAUCUGACUAGCCACAAAUACGUAACCCAGAUGUAGAGGAACCAUCGAAACAAUCGUGUUAAAGUGUGCAGGGUUCCCAAUGGUGACCCCCCCCCCCAUGUACGUCACACUGCGAAAAGCAUGUGCCUGAAGGACAGGAAGACCCUCAAUGCCCAGUGGGAGCCCCUCCCUGGCCAGGCAAGCCGGCGUUGGGGACGGCUGGACCACUGGAGCUGGUCAUGCGCACCCCUUCCCCUUCCCUGCACACAUAACCGGGAAACUCACACUGUGGUUGGUACAUCGAUAGACCAAGAAAUGCUUCUUUUCAUUUUUAUUAUUUUUUCUUUGUUUUGAAUUGAAAUAUUUCUUUCAUGGUUUACAGAAAAUAUAAAGACAAAGGUGCACCUUGUAUUUAAAACGAGAAGGAGGUCGAAUAUAAAAUGCCAUAUAAGAUUCAUUUUGUUGUGCAUGCACAGUGUUCUUAAGUAUUUGUAAGGAUUCUGUUUUGUAGGCGAUCUAGAUUGUAUGACAAAAGGAGGUGAAGAGACAGAUGAAUGUUCUGGGUACGAAACACAAACGUGUCCUUCGUCAAGCACUUUGAAGCUUUAAUGACUUGGCUGCACAACCCAAGUGCCACCGUCUGUACAGCCCAAACUAGUGUUACUCCACCAGUGUUACUCUCCACCUCCUCCUAGGUCUCCUUCCUGCUUCGUCGCCUUGCUUUCCUUUGACUGCUUAGAUCUUCCUCAGAGGCCUUUACCCUGGAUGCCAUUUUCCAUUCUGUCAAAGAUGGCCCCAAUAACUCCACUGCCUUACUUUGGGUUAGCUCUCUUCUUCAGUUCGCUAACGCUCGUAUUUUUCCCGACCUCCAUCGUCCUGGGCUCGGGUGCCAUUUUUAAGGGGUGGUGGCCUGAGGGUCUGAGGGCCGAGGUUCCGUCUGCCCCCCCCUCGCACCCCGCAAAGUUGAGGAAGCACAAGCAACUGUUGCAUGAAACCAAAAUGUAGUUACACAUCGGGGCGUGACUUUGAUUCAUAUUGUAUGCGAUUUGAAUCCUUCAUUCUUACUAAUCUGACUUUAUUGUUAUUAUUGAAUUUUUUUUUUUACAUUUUACAUUUAAGGGGUACGUGGCAACCCUUGUAAGGGGCUGCCAUGGCAACACGCGUUUUCUUAGUGUUCUGUUCUUCUCCCUGGGUUCAGCCAAAGGUUGUUCCCCCUAAAGGCCUUUUUCACGGCUCAAGAUGAUUAGUGGAGCUCAGCCCGGCCUGUGUGCCGCAUGCUGAGCUGGGGCUCCGCUUGGGGGAAGGGGGGGGGCUUAAGCAUCAGCUCAGAUGAGUUGACGCCCACGCUCCAGAGCCUGUGUACCUCCAAGUGCAUCAUGGAAUUUUCACUGGCAGUUGGAGUGAUGUGGUGGUACAGGCUGCACUCAUGAAUUACUGAUUGUAUCAUCUACUAAAGCCUUAGAAUUCACCACGGGUUCAAUGCCAUUCUAAUGGAGUUUCAAUCGUGAUAUAACCACAAACAUGUUAUUGUCAUACAUGUAGAGUUUAGGCUUUAUUACAUUUUAUUCCCAUUUUUAAUUUCUCUCAUUGCAUUCAUAUAUUUUUUGUUUGUUUUCUUACAUUUUGAACAUUAGGAUAUUUUUGUUUUAUAUUACUUAAAGGUUGGAUACUGUUCUAAUAUUUAGUUAGUGGAUUUUUGUCUUAUUAGAUGUUCCUGAUAACUUUUGUAGAAAAUAAAGUAUUAGAAAUUGUUCUUCAUACCAUACUCAUAGUUUUAAAUUUACAUGUAGUGUCAGUUUAAGUAUUAGUAUUAUUGUAAACUAAAUGAUUUUUAUUUUUAGUGAAAUGUAAGAAUGUCAGUCAUUUUUCAUUGUCUGUUUAAAUUCUUUGAACAAAGAUCUUUUAUAUCGAUAUCUUACAAUGAGGAAACUGUUCCUGAGGAAGGAGUAGUUGCUGUGGCAACAACUCUGGUGGACAAUUGCGUAAUAUUUUAAUGAUUUAUGGUUUGUAAUUAGUCACUAUUAUAAGUAAAAAAAAAAUAAUAAUAAAAAAUCCUAGCUCUUAGGUGUUAGAGUAAAAGUUAUUUUCUACUGUAUCCAUUUCAAAUAGUGAAUUAUUGUUUGAAUAUUUUUAAAACCCUGGAUGUCUCAUUUUUAAAAAGCUGGCGAUCAGUUCGCUCUCCGGGGCGUGAGGGUAGAGGCUUAUGGGAAAGGAAGCGGACGGAGUGUAGCAGAUCCCAGGCUAGCGGGUCCGAACCUGAGAGGUGAAGGGUGACUUUUUGCACUUCUGUACAUAGUUAAAAAAGGAAAGAAAACAUGUAUUAUAUGGAGAUCUUAUUUUGAUUAAAAAUGUCUAUAAUAAUGAGGAAUUUUGUUAGGUUAAUAAAAAGAAAAAAUUUAACUAAAGACAGGCUGAACAAAUAAUUGCUUGCAAAGGUGGCGCAGGGUUUCCUGCCUGCCAAAAGAAGCCAGACUUCACUCUGCUUUAAAGACGGUGGCUUGUAGUGCGUCAGGAAACCUUCAGGUGGAGAUCAGCUCUGCCCUCCGGAGAAAACCCGACAGGUAUCGUCCGGCUGCCGUACCUGCCUUAACACAGGUGUGGCCCGACCGUGCCCGUCCAGGUUCAGCCAUGUAACAAUUUCUGUUGCUUACUUAGUCAGGGAGGAUUGCAUGCUCAAGGAGUUAUUAUCGAAGCAAAAUAACAUAACAGAAUAAGUCAAUAAAAGAAUUAUAGAACAAACAUAUUUAAGGUAUACAGUAUAACAUCAAGAUAAAGAACUAAGAAAAAACAGAUUACAAAAACAGACAGUGGUUUAAGAAAAUAAGAAAAAAAACUUUCAUAAAUUUUACAACUUGAGGAGUAUUAACAGAGAGACACACACAGAGAUACAGUACUGCUAACACAGUUCAUUCUUUUCUCAGUGGAACUUUCAGCAGAUGAAACAAGCAGAGCAAAAUCAAUAGCUAACAGUGCAUGUAUUCAGUAUUUGACCAAGUGACACUUUGCCUGUGGUCUAGGUGGACAAGCGCUGAGAAUGGAUAGAAUAAAAAUUGUUUUUAUCCCAGUGGAGCCAGUGACUUACUCCCACUGGUUCGUCCUGGCAGGAAGAGGCCCAAAGAUCACCCCUUUAUCUGCUCAAAGUCCACACAUCUGGGUUUAUAACACUCUGUCACCAGACUCUCAUUCUUAUGCUUGUAGUUGCUAAAAAAAGACGAUGUAUUCUGUCCUCUGCUGCGAUUUGUUUUAUGCUAAUUUUAUUAUCAAUGCUAUAUUUGGUUCUUGCUGUUAUGAAUAAAAAAAAAUAAAAAUAUAUAAAUAAAAAUAAAGUGGAUUUGCUUUAAA